AUGGGAGCAAUUGUAUAUUUAAGUAGAAUUGAAACUUUUUCGGCAGCACAUCGAUUGCAUUCUUCGUCUUUAUCAGACAAGGAAAAUAAAGAAAUAUUUGGAAAAUGUAAUAAUCCUAAUAGUCAUGGACACAAUUACAAAGUUGAAGUAACGGUGAAAGGAGAGAUUAAUCCAAUAACAGGUAUGGUUAUGAAUCUAAUGGAUUUAAAAGAGUGCUUAAAGAUAGCAGUCAUGGAUAUUUUGGAUCAUAAGAAUCUGGACCUUGAUGUUGAAUUUUUUAAAGAUAAACCUAGUACAUCGGAAAAUUUAGUUGUUUUAAUUUGGAAUAAUAUCAGUCAAAAAUUAAAAGGUGAUGGUAAAUUAUAUGAAGUGAAAUUAUAUGAAACCGAUAAAAAUUUUGUAGUUUAUAGAGGUGAAACUUUAGAUUCAUAA